GCAGAUUACUGUUACGGUAACACACGCUUACUCAUUUUUUGUUCCCAAGAAUGUAAAGAAAAAUUAAGAGUUUUAAAAAAUAUAUUUGGUGACGGUACAUUUAAGAGUUGUCCACCUCCAUUCCAACAGCUCUACACCGUUCAUGGUGAUUUAGGAAGUAAUAAUCAAAGCACAGCUAUGACGCCAUUAUUUUACGCUUUAAUGUCAAACCGUAAAAAAGAAACAUACGAGAUACUUUUCAGACUUGUUAAAUCUCAAAUUAACGAUUGGAAUCCUUCAUCCUUUACCAGUGAUUUUGAAGAAGCAGCUAUAUCUGCUAUGCGUACAAUUUUUCCUGAGAUAAGUAUCCACGGCUGUUAUUACCAUAUGAAUAAUGCUAUUUGGAGGAAAGGCCGUGAAUUAAAUCUAACAAAAAAUAAAACUUUAAGACGUCAAGUAGCCCUAAGUGCGGUGCUUCCAGAUUAACAGAGGACCGUAUUUUUGAAGGCUGGUUUUAUAUCGCUAGCGAAAGCCCCGAUGAUAGCCAAAGUGAAAAAUUUGAAAUAGGAAAGACGGACACAUUCGAGGCGGGACGCCUUUCACAGUUUGUAGAAGCCUGGAAAAGGGAGGGGGCGCCGCUAAAUAUCCUACAAACGAUAUCCGGAUACAUCAUUCUUUUUGUAAAAAAAACCCCACAGGUACCUUUUCAUUCGAAAAUAAUUUCCAGAUUCGAAACAACAAAGUUAAAUUCAGAGAUCCAGACUCUCAUACAGCAAAAGGUUAUAGAAAUUUCAACGGUCCAGACAGGCUUUUUAUCAACCAUGUUUCCAGUACCGAAACCCAACAACAAAGUACGCCCAAUAGUCAAUCUGAAAAGCCUCAACAAAUUUCUCGCCCCAAAGAAAUUCCGCUUGAUAAAUCACUUCAGAGUACCUCACUUCUUACAGGAAGGAGAUUUUCUCAUAAAAAUCGACAUCUCACAGGCAUACUUUCACAUACCAAUAGUCAACCGUCAUCGAAGGUUCCUAUCAAUAGUUCACCAAAAGAAGGUAUUUCAGUUUACAUGUCUCCCGUUUGGUCUAUCAACAUCCCCGCUUACCUUUGCGAGGGUAUCAAACUGGGUAGUAUCCUGACUGCGACAGAUGAAUAUAAAUAAGGGUCAUUGUAUACCUGGACGACUUUUUGAUUGCCAAUCAAGAUCCGAUAAAGCUUCAAAAAGAUGCUGUCAAGAUGGAACAAUUCCUCCUAAGAUUGGGAUGGAUAAUCAAUACGAACAAAUCUCUACAAGAGCCAUCUCAACUUAUCGAAUACUUAGGGAUAGAAUGGGACACCUUAAACAACACAAAAGCCCUCCCGGAAAAGAAAUUCUCCUUGAGAAAGGAUUUCAACAAACCUCUAUCAAGUCAAAGAUGGAGUUGGCAAUCCGCAAAGAGCCUGCUAAGAAAGCUGAAUUUUGCGUCUUUUGUAAUACCACUUGGAAGACUUCACUCCAAAAAGAUACAAAGAGCAGCCAAUAUUUUACCAGAGGAGUCAAUCCGCAAAAAGGUUCCCAUUCCUGCAAAGGCACUCGAAGAAUGCAAAUGGUGGAUUCAAAAUCUCGAAAAGAGAAAUCCCCUUUUCAAAUCAACAGAGACAAUAUUCAUCACAUCAGAUGCCUCAGACCAAGAAUGCCUGGCAAUCACAAACGAAAAUCGACGCGGAAGAGUUGGUCACAAGAAGACAUGAAUGAGGCCAUUAAAGCUGUGAAGGAAAAUAAGAUGGGUUGGCUUUUAGCAUCGAAACAUUUUAAUGUCCCAAAAGCAACUCGUCGUCGCCAUUAUUAUAGGACUCCAGUAAAUCUUGGUCGUUUUAAGCCAACUUUUAACGCAGAAAUGGAAAAAGCCCUAAUAGACCACAUGCUCGAGUUCGAAAGUCGACUUUUUGGAUUUAAUACAACCGAAAUAAGAAAAUUAGCUUUUGAAUUUGCGGAAAAAUUGGGAUUGGAUCAUAGAUUUGAUAAGAAUAAAAAAGAAUAAAUUGAUUAGCGACGAUGAGCCGGUGGCAAGUAGUUCAACUCAGCCUCAAGUAAAUUACGAAGAGUGCGAUUCCUCAGAAUCUGCUGAUAUUGACGAACAGUUAAUGGCGGUAGCAACUGCUGUGUCCUACGAGCAAAUAAAUUUUGAAACAUGUGACAAUUCUAGUAGUAGUCGUAACUCAUCCCCAACAAUUUUGUUACCGAAUGUUGCUACGCAUUUAUACGGAGAAAAAAGUCAGGUGGGCGAUAAAGCUGUUGAACCAACCAAGAACUGUUAGACAAUGAAGCUGUUGAACAAGGACAGAUAGAAAAUGAAGGUGUUCCAAUAGACGAUGAAGUUCUUGGUCAAGGACAGACAAGUGACGUAGCUGUUGGGCAAGAGCAGAUAGGCAUCAAAGAUGUACUAGAAACAAUCCAUGAGGAGGAUAAAAAACAAAUGUCGGAUAGCAAUCAAAUUUUAACUGGACCUCCAAUUUUGCAAACUGAAAUAUUAUUCAACACGAAGGGCAUUCUUAAAGAAAUUUCACCACUACCAAAAGCUGCUUCAACGGGGAAAGUCAAGGGUUAACAGAAAAGUCGGCGGAGCGCAAGUUUUUACAGCUAGUCCAUUUAUGAGUGAUAUAAAAGCAGCAGUACAGAAGAAAAAAGAAAAGGAAAAUCGCCAAUCCCUUAAAAAACAAAAACAAACGAAGCGUAUUAUUUUUGACCAUGAGAAUGAGGAACCCCAGCAUGCAUCUAAAAAAUCUAGGCCCACACGAGAUUACAAGCAGAAGAAACCAGUUCAAGAUGAUGACAUGGACCUCGAGGAUCCUUACACUAAUGAAGACGAGGAAAACGAUGAUCCAGCUUGCAUUUACUGUAAUGAGUUAUUUAGUGAAUCUAUCGGCUAAAAGAACAUUGGGUGAAGUGUCAACAGCUCAUUGGUGUCACACACUAUAAUUUUAUCUGCGAACUUUGUUCUUAAAAUUAUGGUUAAAGAUGACAUACCAUUUAAGUCUAAGAUGACAUAGUAUGUCAUUUUAUACUAUGUAUUAAUAUGUCAUCUUACACGCAUCGACCUAUGUUCGAUUUAUGUUUGUUUAAUAAUUUUAUGUUACGUUAAUUGUUCCAAUAUUGUUUUAAUUUCGUUGAUUGUGAAACAUUUAUUAAUAUACGCAAAAUUCUGAUCUCACAUGACUUUAUUUUAUUAAAAAAAUUGUGUUAAAUUAAAAGUAUGUCAUCUUAAGCACAAUUCCCCUAAUCGUUUUAUUAUGGCGCUUAAAAUCCACUACUUAUAACAACAAUUCAUUUGCAUUUCAUAUUGACCCCCGACCUCAAGGACGAUACAGACAUUGAACGUGAGCGGAGAGCGUUGUCCGUUAGGACAAACAUGAUAGCUCGCAGGUUUGCACGGUGUUCACUUGAACUCAAGCUCACCCUCUUCAGGGCAUACUGUACUAACUUUUAUACAAGCAGCCUGUGGGCUAGGUUUGCGCAGAGGUCAUACAGCGCUCUCCGUGUUCAAUAUAAUAAUGCGUUUAGGGUGCUGGUGGGGCUGCCCCGCUUCUGUAGCGCAUCAGGAAUGUUUGCAGAUGCACACAUAGACUGUUUUUAUGCAACAAUGCGCAACAGGUGUGCUUCCCUGGUGAGCAGAGUGCGGGCCAGCUCCAACAGUAUCCUGAGCAUGAUUGCGAGCAGACUGG